AUGUCUGGCCCUACCAUCAACGGAAAUGCGUUCUCCGUCUCAUCCCUCCCGGACGGCCCUGAGCAGUCAGGCGGGGACGAGAUGAGACUCAACCAUCUCCCCGAGAACACUAAUUACAUCGUUCUCGAGACCCAAAACCCUCUUCAGAGGCCCGAGAAAAGAACCCUCAAAGACCUCCACGUUGAGCUACAUGAGUAUCUCGGCGGCAACACCUGGCUCUGCCGCUAUGAGCCCACGGACAUCAAGUCCCUGCGCGACCUUGCUUUCGUCAAGGAUGCGAAGCCCCUGCAGCCAGAGCUGAAGCUCCAGCCAGCUCUCAAGGAUGAUGCGGCUGAGGGUCGUACUGUUGACAUCGUCCUUCAGAAUCGUGCGGAUGAUUCGGCUGAGGAUAUCUCCCAGCGUAUCCAGGAUUCUCUUGGAAUCUCACCUGAGGAUAUUACCAUCAGAGAUGGUGCCUCUGUCAUUCGUCUGACGGGCAACAAUGACAAGCUGCAAGAGAUCGCCAAGAUUGACAGUGUUGGGUCCAUUCAAGAGGUACAUAAGCUCACCUUCUUCAACAACGUUGCACGUGAGAUUCUCCAUGCCGAUGCCACUGGUCCCAACACCACCAUAUUUAAAGGAGCCAAUCAGAUAGUCACCGUCGCUGACACUGGCUUUGAUACUGGUGAUAAGAACAAGACCCAUGAAGCCUUCACCGGCCGUGUUAAGAAGCUCAUCCCCGUCGGAAGAUCCAACCAGACUAAUGACUUCGAUGGGCAUGGCACGCAUGUUUGCGGCUCUGUUCUCGGAGAUGGGCACUCUCAGAAAAUGGGAGGUUCAAUCCAGGGCACUGCACCAGAGGCGACUCUCAUUGUCCAAUCCCUCUUGGACAGUCGCGGUGGCUUGUUCGGCCAAUCUCAGAAGACUCUCGGCGACCUCCUCAAAGAGGCGUUCGAUCACCAGAGUUUCAUUCAUACCAACUCUUGGGGCCCCAUCUGGACGCGCCAACUUGGGUACAACAACGCAAGCACAGACCUCGACACUUUCGUCUUCAAUCAUCAAGAGAUGACGGUUUGCUUUGCUGCUGGCAACGACGGAAAGGAGAUGACUCCUCUUGGCCACAUUGGUGCACAAGCAGCAGCCAAGAACUGCAUCGCUGUUGGGUCAUGCGAUAACCGCCGCAAGGCCAAAAACAACGAAUUCGAGGCCUUCAAGGCCGAUGGGGUUGUCGAAGGUAGUCCCAACAACAUCUCACGCUUCAGUAGUCGCGGGCCAACGAUUCAGGGACGGAUCAAACCUGACGUCGUUGCGCCAGGUGCCAUGAUUCUGUCGGCAAUGUCGAGAGAUGCGAAGCCAGAUGACAGAUUCGGUCGUUCAAGUGACCCUUCGUGGGCAUUUAGUUCGGGCACUAGCAUGGCUACUCCGCUUGUCGCAGGUUGUGUUGCCGUUCUCCGAGAGACGCUGCAGAAGGAUGGAGUCACUUCCCCAAGUGCCGCGCUGCUCAAAGCCUUGCUUGUCAACGGCGCUGUGGACACGGGCAACAGCUCUAAAGCCCAGGGCUUUGGUCGCGUUGAUCUUGCUAACUCCAUUAUUCUCACGGGCAUAACUACCAACAAAGGCUACGUGGAGGCCGAACUUCUUGACGAGGAUAACGAGGACGAGUUCAUCAAGAUACUCACCCUGGGAGACCUUCUUAUGCCCGAUGGACCAGAUUCGGAGACUGUUACGUUGAAGGUCACCAUGGUGUAUUCCGAUCUUCCUGGUGCUGCUUUGCAGAACAAUAUUAAUCUUCAGGUUGCCGUUGGCGAUGGGCCGAGCAGAUUUGGAAACUUGGGUGAUAGACCUGAUGAUGUCAACAACGUGGAGCAGGUUAUUUGGAGUGGUAUUCCCGCGGAGAGUGAUACCAAGAUCACGCUCAAUGUGUCUACGCCGAGGACUAUGCGUGGCGAUAAGCAAGCUUUUGCUAUAGUAUGGAGUGUGAUUUAA